AUGGAGCGUGAUCGAGUUAUGCUAGAGCCUCCUCCGUCGGAAGGGCUGACUUGGAGAGAGCGCAAUGCCCUCAAGAUGCGUAAUAGAGUUGGCUCACGUUUUGUGCCGACAGCUUCGAAUGCUUUGCUAGAACGACUCAUGACGAUGUCUUCGCCCGAGAGAUCACCUCCUCCGGCGAAGUCUACGACGGUGCCUGCUGAAGCCUCCUCAGAACGACAGCCUGGAGGAUCUCAAAAUGACAAUGAGACGAAUGCAUCUUCCAAACAACCCAGGACUAGAAGAGGUCGACGGAAACCAAGGGGUGACCUCCCCCCCUCUGAGUCUGACGAUCCACUUUUAGCCUCGGAAAGUACAAAGCCCUUGCCACCUACGAGAAAGGGGGGUCAUUCUGCUUCAGUCCCCAAGAAAUCGCCCUCUAUCACUGGGCGAAAGGCUGCACCGGCUGCAUCGAAGGCUACACGUUCAUCGAAACGCCCGGCCAGGGCACCGCGAGGACGGUCUCGCAGUCAGAAGCCACUACACUCCACCAGUCCUGUCCAUAUUGACGAAGAAGACGCCGUAAAAACAAAGAAACCCAAUCUAGGGCCCUUCCAAGAGCAGGGGAAAGGGAAAAAAGUCUUCUACGAAAACUUCUCACCUCUCUUGCCAGCAGCUCUCGCCUAUCGUGGAAGCCGCUUCCCCCACUUCUUGUCACCAUGUUACUCCAAGCAAACAUUCUACGGAGGUCUUAGAGGCCCCCGCUUGUCUAAGAGCAUAGGGCUAACCGUCAAGUCUAAGACGGGUAAGAAUAACGGUCCCUCCGGUACCGCAUCUCUUCCGGCGGCCUCCAGAAAAAGUGUCAGUUUUGAUGAAGACAGGAAAGGAAGCCCUAAUGAAAAGAAGCGACAGACUCAGGCGUUGCCCAAGACGAGAGGGCGUGUCGUUGUCGCUAAUGAACCCUCCGACGAUGAAGCCCAAAUCCGUUCGUCCCUCGAAGACAACCACAAUAUUUCCAACCACUUUAGUGAUACUAAGUCUAUUGGAAGGACAGCGCGAACUAAGACUACCUCAUCCCUACCUUCUGUUUCGAAAGCACUUUCGCCCAUUGCGGAAAGUACUAGUCCUUCAGAGGCCCCUCACUUGUCGCGAGAUCCCCCACCAUCUCGGACUCUGGGAAAGAGAAAGGGGCACAUGAAUGAGCUUUCUCCUGAACCGUUAGCCGUCACGGCAGCCAAAAGUACCACCACUCGGAACCGCCACCGGAAACGGUUGCAGCCCAAGGCACAGCAAUCUCGUUCCGCUUCUACUACUCUAUCUCUCCCCCCUCCACCACGCAAGAAAGCUUAUUCUGCAUCGUCCAAAGAUUCAGUUCAACACAUCGUGCCCAAAAAAGCGCUGCCAAACUUGGCUGCCGUGGUGGACCUUGAAAAUUCCGACGAGGAUGCAAUAAUAAUCCCAAUGCCGAAGCGACUGAAAAGAGCACUGGGUAAUACAGACCCUCCUGUCCAAGAGGAGAACGAAGCCUGUCCGAAAAAUUCUGUAAUCGUCCCAAAAGCAGCUGUUACACGCCGGAAAAAUAGCCAGGCAUCCAAGGCGAGACAAGAUAACCCGUCAUUAAACGAACAGUGUCCGCCCCGAGGCCGACGACUGACCUCGGAUUUGGAAGCCUCAGACAGCAACAACAGCAAAGCUUUGAGUAGAGCACGGAAAGGGAAACCCGAUAAAGUUUGCCAUGUUGUUCCCAUUCAGGCGAGUGCCACGAAUGUGGAAGCUGGUCCUGAUCGAAAGGCCUCGUUCAAGCAAGUCAAUCUUCCCUUCCAUUUCGUGGCGAAACUAAAUAGGGCCUUUAGCGUGUCGUCUACUUUGGCAAGUUCUCUGAAUGGAAACAGGUCCUCUUCCAUAUCAAAUGCUGACCCAGCACCGAAAAAGAAAAGAAAAUCGUUUAUCGAAAUUCAUGACAACAUCGAAGACCAGGAGGUGGAGGAGCUAAACCGGCAGGCCGACGCCGUAUCCCUUUCAUAUGUGAACACCGUUAGCCCGCCUGUCCCUCGAGCCCGUGGCAGCAAGGUUCGGAAGGGUAAGGCGCACGCAUCCCCAGAUACCGCUGCAAAUGGGCCGAGAGCGGUGCCAAGUGGUAAUGGUCCAGCCCGAACGGUCCGAAAUGUUGUCAAGAGAUCAGCACGAAAAAUAGAUCCUGGGAGCGAGGACGAUCCAUUGGACUUAUUCGAGUAACAACUUGUUAUUCUCUACUUAAUCUGUUCCAAACCACAUGGACCCUUCGACACCCACCAUUGAGAUACCUUAAUCUUGCAAUGUAUUGUAGCACCGUAAACGCACGCACCCAUAGUAUGAAACACGAAUAAGUUUAUGUAGAAUAACAUCCCCCCAACGUCUACUGUCAUGACCCCGAAUACAUCACAGGACUACGCGUAUUCGAGACUGUGCGGUGAUCGUGGGGCGGCGCCGACGUGGAGCUGCCCUCCUCCUCACCUUCGGGACCUUCACCUUCGUCGUCUACCAGAUCAUCUACAAAAUUCUGCAGGUCAUACUCGGUACAAUUGACUAAGUCAUGUCCGUUCAGGGUUGGAGUGGAUCC